AUGGGUACCGUUUUGUCAUUCAGUCCAAGGGAUCGACGUGGCUCCGUCUAUCCCCCAACCACCCAUCAACAUUCAACCGAUUUCACUUUGAACAACUUCAAUUACGAGCAAUUGAACAACGCGAAAAAUCGAGAGAACAAGAGUGCCGUAGCUACGGUGGCGCCGGCGCCUCCUACGAGUCAUCCACCGUCGAACAAUAAUUCCUUGCAAAAUAAUAAUAUUAAUCUAAACAAUAACGACAAUGCGAGAAUUAUCUCGGAGAAGAAUGCGCUCGAGAAGAAUCUCAAGAAACACUCUUUAUUCAUCAACGCUCUAUCGUGGAAACGAUUCAGCACGGCGAACAAUAAUAAGAAAAAGCUCGAUAAUAAGAACAAAAAUAUCGCUUUUAGACAACCACUCGAUAACAUUCCCAUCGUCGAUAAAAAUAAGAACAUACAAACACCUCAGACGAAAGCUCCGGCGUCUAACAACAAUCAUACAACGCACAAUCCUACGUGCGAGAAAUUGGUGCAGAAACCUUUGCCACCUGGACCAAGGAAAACCGUGAUCCAAGCCUCCACGUCAGAACUGUUAAAAUGCCUCGGCGUCUUCCUACACAGGAAGUGCACGCGAUUAAGGGACUUCCAAGCUGGUGACGCAGUAAUGUGGCUUAGAACAGUCGAUAGGAGUCUCCUGCUUCAGGGUUGGCAGGACGUAGCAUUUAUCAACCCAGCCAACGUAGUGUUCGUCUAUAUGCUUGUAAGAGAACUAGUCGAUGGAGACGAAGCUUCCGAGAGGGAACUUCGAGCAACCGUGUUAACGUGCCUCUAUUUGAGCUAUAGUUACAUGGGCAAUGAGAUUAGUUAUCCUUUGAAGCCGUUCCUCGUCGAGGAUAGCAAGGAUAAGUUUUGGGAUAGGUGUCUGUUGAUCGUCAAUCGAUUGAGCUCCGAAAUGUUGCGAAUCAACAGCGAGCCUGGCUUCUUCACGGAAAUAUUCGCUGAACUGAAGGUAGCGAGAAUAUUACGCGUGCUUGCGGAGCCGACGAGCGUGGCAGUCUAUCUGGAAGUGGCCUCGAACGGAGUCUCGUCGUCUCCGGAGUCGCGGUACCCACCAAGGCGGCUUGACGGAGCUACACACACUUGUGGGUGCGCAUCUACCCGCACGGCUGCGACGUCACGACGCUCUGACGACGGUCGGCACGACGACGAGGAGCUGCGAUCGCAGCUUGACCCCUCCGCAUCGACCUCGGCCUCGACCUCGACGUCGACGUUGCAACGCCAGCAAGAAACUCAGCAACAACAGCAACAGCAGCAGCAGCAGCCACAAAAACAGCAUCCGAUUCAUCAGGACAUUAUAAUACAAGGCGGUCGUUGUCCAUCGUGCGGUCAACGACGAAAAGAGGAGAUCGUUUAUACGAUCGAAGAUUUAGAUGCGAUCGAAGCACCGCCAUUGGAGUCGACGAGAACGCCGCCGCCAUCGGCAAGUCGAACCUGCAGCUGCGAGGUCUCCUCGUUGGUCGUCGAUACAUUCAUUGACGAUGGGGAUCGAGCCGAACUUCGUAAGUAUCGUAGCGUCGAGGCUAGGUGGGCCAACACGAGUUUCCUCUCACCGGACGACGCGAUCUGGGACUUGAAGAAACACGCGAGCGAAGGUACUGAGUUCCGUUGGGCACUUCAUACUUCUAGCACUGACGUUGACUUGGCUAGAAAGGCCAAAUGCAGCUGUCACAAUUUAACCCCAGAAGAAAAGAAACCACACGAUGGGGUACAACGAGGUGAUCUUCGAAAGCAUCACAGUGCUGAGACGGACAAGUGGUCGGUUAAGCCUGAUUAUUUGGCACCACCGAUGCACGAUCUUAGAAAACACAGUAGCGACGAUACGAGGAUGGCACGUGAAGCCAGAUGGACUCUUCAGAUACCUGAGGUAUUACCCAAUCCGAAACCUAGAUGUACCUGUCCGAAGGCAAAGACGUUGCCUCCUUCUCCGUCGCCUGUCGAGCCACCGAAGCUCGUGGAAGAACAGUCGGAAGACAGGGUAGAAGAGGAGAUACCGAAAGAGAAGGAACAACCCGAGAGAAGGAUGGUUUAUUCGAAAUCUCUUACACCCGAGGAACCAGACGCGCCGUCGCACGAGAGGCCUGAACUGAAGAAACACGCCAGCGAAGGAUCCAGAUUAAUUAAACAGGAGAGAGUGAAGGAACGGCCGAAGUUGGUACGAUCUGCGCAUCAAACGAAAAGCAUACUCGGUAUAACCGGUAUGUCGAAGAAAUGGGAACAAAAGGAAACUGUUGCGAGUCCGACCGAGGAUAGUAGAAAACCUCGUGCUAAGUGGGCAAUGAAGCCGCACUUUUCGUUGCCAGCGGAGAAGAAGGAAUCGAGAUGGUCGAGAGGAGACUCGGCUGAUUCAGGCAAAAGUAAGAGUCUAAGAGAAAGACCAAGGUAUAGCAUCCGUAGGAGCAUGUCGCCUGAUCCGGAUCCAAGGCAAAUGACAAGACUGGAGAAUAGGAUCGUUCGACGUUUAAUAUCGCCUGAGAUAACGGUGACGAAUGCCAAAUGGGCACCGUACGAGGACGCUUCGCCAUUGCCGAAUGUUGGGGUUAAAAAACGCGAGCAAAAGCAUAUCAGCGAGAUCAAAUGGACACCGUACGAUGAUUCGCCUAGUGACGCUAGUGGUGGACCAAUCCGAGAACCGACCAUCGAGCCCGAGGAACCAAAGAGUUGGUCACCAUUUCACAACGUUACACCGACUCAUUGUCCACCUUUAGCAACCACGCAAGCUCGUACCGAGGAAGAAGACUUUCGUUGGCGUUUUCUCAACCAGGUAUCGCCCUUCCCGAUUUAUCAGGGUGCCUGGAAGGACGAAUCACCGGAGAAAACACCGAUUAAGAGAGCGCCGAGUCCGAUCGAGUCUUCGCCUGUUUGGUCACCGCAGGUACCGACCACCCCGGUUAAGAGACAGAGAUCGCAACAGCAACAAUUAUCGGUACAAGCGUAUUCCCCGGCUCAACAGAGGAAGAGCAUUGUGAAGGAACGCCGUGGAGCAUCCAAAAAGAAAGCCGCUCUUCGUGCCAGAUCGGAAAGUGGUUAUCAAUUGGAAGAUAGAUUGGCACCGCCGCCACACGCGAUAGUUCGUGCCUCGAGCGAAGAGCCAAAAGGUAGACAGAGACCACAGUUGCUCAGAUCCAAAGCCCUUCUCGAAGUUCCAACUACGAUGGACCCUAGCAAGAGGUCCCUCAGCGAGGAGGUACCUCGUAUGCGAUCUCGUGAAUUAGCUCGUGGACCCAACAGAGCUCGAAGCGAAGAGGUACCUAAGUACAAAGAUCCUUGGUUCGCCAAUGAGGACGACGAGGCCACCGAACUUCGGCAAUACGUCACGACGGUCUAACUCUCGAUUCGUUAUCGACGAGAAGCAUUUCUUUCAUUUAUCUCAUAUCUCCCACAUCUCGAUUCCUCGUCGCCUUUUUAAUCAAACAUUAUUUCCUUGAUCUUGAUUUAUCAUACUCUUGUCGCUUUAAACAAGCAGCCCUUUCCAUUUGCUUUCCUUCACCAAUGAAGAUUCUACGAUUGAAUCCUGUGAUAUUUGGAGGAUGGAAAGAUUCUCUCUUUUUUUCCGGUUUAUUUCUUUAUUUUAUUUUAUUUCUCUCUUUCUUUUUUUAUAUAUGUAAUUUAUUUUUUUUAACGCAACGUACAAUACCGGCAGACAGACGGCAAUGAAAAGAAACUUCAACAAAGGGACCUUCGAAACAGGCGUUUUAAACUUCGUUGGCCUACGGGGAGAGGAACUACGAUCGAGGAAAGAAAAAAGAAGAAGAAGGAAGGAAAAGAAGGAAUAACCGAAAGAAACACGAGGAAGAUAUAUUCACACAAAUUUACGAUUCUUUCCAUAAAUCAAAGUAAUAAAGCUGCGUACGUCACGAGACAAAGAGGAGAGGGGUCAAGCAUCGACGAAUCUAUCGUCUAUUAUUAUUACAUUUUAGUCUAAUACAAAGCGCGACACAUUACGAAGCGAUCGAACGAAGAUCACAGCGUGUAUUCCUUCGAAGGAAGGACAUUGUCGAAAUUUUUCGAUGAAAUACGAAAAAAUACGAGAAGAGAAAUAUAUUCUUUUCCGUUCCACGUUUGAUCGAGCUCAUCAUCAUUGAUAAAUGAUGUCCAACGUCGUCGUCGAAUUUAGAAAUCAAUAUCGCACGAUGAUUUCCACGAAUAACGAUAUUAGAAUCGUGUUAGAAGUGAUAUUAGAAAUGACGACAACUAAAAAAGUAAAAAGAAAAGAAAAGAGAAGAGAAGAGAAGAGAAAAAAAGAAAAGAAAAGAAAAGUUAAGAAAAAGAAAAAGAAAAGAAAAGAAAAGAAAAAAAAAUUAAAAUAAAUAACAAGAAAAAAGACGCGAUAGUUAUUUAAACGUUUCAAGUAUAACGCUGUGAACGCGAUUAAAAAGAGAAGGAGAAGAAUAGAAAACUCUAAUACAAAUAAUAAUAAUAAUAAUAAUAAUAAUAAUAAUAAUAAUAAUAAUAAUAAUAAUAAUAUUAAUAAUAUUAAUAAUAUUAAUAUUAAUAUUAAUAAUAAUAAAAAUAAUAACAACAACAAAAAGAACAGAAAUAAAUAAAUAAAUAAAUAAAUAAAAUGAAAAAAAAAAAAGGAAUAAUAAAAAGAAAGAGAACGAGAAGAAGAAAGAGAAAAAAAGCAAGCGUGAAUUCACGAUAAAAAAAUUCAAAUACGGGAAUAGUAUCGUAAGCAUAGUUGUAAAACAUUUUGCGUGUGAAAAGAGUGUGAUAAAGGGACGAGAGAGAGAGAGAGAGAGAAAGAGAGAGAAAUAGAGAGAGACUGAGAGAGAAAAAAUAAAUGACGAAAGUGAAAAAAGGGAAAAGGGAAAGGUAUAGGGAUAGGGAUAGGGAUAUAGAGGUAGUACCUUGGCGAUCGAGUGCACACAAGAUAUACAAUUAUAUACGCGCGAAAGAGAGUUUAGAUAUAAUUAUAUCGAUAACGCUCGAGUGCGAAGGGAAUGGGAUGAAAGGGAAGAUAUGUACGUGCGAGAGGAAAAAAGGUUUAAAGGAAAAAGGGAGCGAGAAUAUAACGGGUUGCCCUGGUCGACCCGACCGCUCGAUGUUCGACGAGGGUCAACCUGCUUGUUUCUUUUAUUCGCGAAAAAGAAGCCGUCAAUACGAACGACGAAAUGAUAAAAGAUAAGAGAGAAUGAAAAAAAAAAAACGAGAAAGAUAUAUAUAUAUAUAUUAUAUAUAUAUAUAUUAUAUAAAAUAAUUUCCGUAUUAUGCGAAGGGAUCUAUAAUCCCUUUUCUCGAUCGAUCAAGAUAAAAAUCCAAGAAAAAAGACAACAAAAAAGAAGAGAUGCGAGAGAGAAAAAGAGAGAGAGAGAAUCUCGUUGCGUAUGACGAUGCGUAAUUAUUGAUUUUUUGUUUUUCGCGACGAGCCAGAGAAUAUUUGUCGGUCGUUUUAUUUUUCACUCUAUUUUUACUCUACAUAUUUUCUUUUUAUAUAUAUAUAUAUAUGUAUGCAUGUGUACAUAUAUACAUAUAUAUAUCUUUUUUUUUAAAUAAAUUCAGUGUACGAAAAAGUACAUUUUUAUAUAAAAGACGGCCGAUCGCGUUCAAUGGCUCGUUUGUGCCGGUGCGUGCAAUAUGAAUUAGGAUUACAUAAAAGUCAUUUGAAUUAUUAGAUAUUAUAUUCUAAUGUAAUGUAACGACAGGAAACUCGAGUUUGGCUAAUCGAAAUGUGCACAGAGUGCAGGGCCAAACGAGAAACCCUUUGUCGAUGUCUAGCGAGAGGACUACCGCACGAACGUUACUUUUCAUCGAUCGAUAUGGAAAGGAAGCGGACUUUAUUAGCUGCGUUAUAUAUUUAUAAAUUGAUCACAGACUGUAUCAGUAUUUCUCAUAGUUUAUGUCGCGCGAUUUAUUGCGUUGCAAAUUAGUCGAGAAACUCUCGAGUACCGUAUACAUAAUACUCUUCUCAAUCAUAACAAACACUAACUAAACAUAUACACACUCCUACGUAUCGAUUUUUUCCAUUUUUUUUAUUUUUUAUUUUUUUUUAUUUUAUAUCUUUUUAUUCCUUCGAUACUCGUCCCCAUUCCACAUGUUUUUAAUAUUAUAUUGAUAUUGAUAUUAAUUAUUAGAUUAUAAUAUCAUUUCGAAUUUUGAAUGAAAGAUGCAUUCGAUAGAGGAGAGAGAGAAAAAGAGAGAGAGAGGGAGAGGAAGAGAGAAAGAGAGAUAAAAGAAGUAUAUCGUUUUAACGAAGAGGAUGACAAAGAGCAAAAUUGAUACAGAAGGAAAGAGAAAGGGAAAUGAAACUCGUAUCGUCGUGAUCGCGUUUGAUCGAUUGAAAUAAUAGUAAAUAGAAAAAUAAAACAAUAUUACGAGACUGAAACGCAUUCGUGCGUGUCACGUGCCAUAUAUAUAUAUGUGUGUGUGUGUGUGUGUGUGUGUAUAUAUAUAUAUAUAGACACACAUGCACAUAUAUAUACAUAUACAUAUAUGUAUAUAUAUAUGUAAUAACAAUAUUUACGUACGUACAUAUAUGUUAUGUAUCGAUUCUCUAUACUUUACAGAUAAUCGAUACAUCGUUAGAAUUAGAAAUCUAAAGCUUCGUUCUUGCAAGAUUUACACAAGAUUUUGAAAUCCGUCUAAUUCAUCUAAUUCGUUUGCCUAACGACGAUGAUUCGACGAUGGAAAAUUAAAAAGACGUAAAGAAGGACUCUCAAUUUCUACGAGAAAUAAAAGAUAUAUAAAUAAAUAAAAUACGAUUCGGGAUCUUUCGUACGCGAAAAUAAUCAUUCAUUCGCUUCGCGAAAUACGAAUCGUUGGUAUGAAAGGAAAGAAGAAAGAAACAUGAGUCUUUCUUUUUUUAUUUUGACUCUCUCCCUUCCUCUCCCUCCCUUCCUCUCCCUCCCUCUUUCUCUCUCUUGCUCUGUAAAAUUUAUUUUUUAAGUAUACUCUGGUGAGACUGUAAAGAACGAGAAAAAAACAGAUAUAGAUACGUAUAUACGUGAAGAAUUUAUAAGAAAAAGAGAGAGACAGAUGAAGAUAGCGAAUGAUAAGGAUUAAUUUUGUAAAUGUGGAGUCAAUGUUGGACCAACGUUUUAUUUACAACUUUUAUUAUCGAUUUAAAGAUGAAAAUAAUUCUAUGGAAUAAGUUAAUCGAUGAUUCUAUCUUGCAAUAAAACGAUUUAAGAACUUUAACGUGUCUACGGUAUAGUCAAUCAAUGUGCGGAGUUUUAUGAAUGAAACGAAAAAAACAGAAACGAGUCAAUGAUCGUCCAGUGAUACUCGACAUAAAUAAUUUUACGAGCGAUAUUCGACGAUCAUUGAUCGAUUCACAAAUUCGUCUUAUUCAUAAAACUCUUUCAUUGACGAACUUUUUCGUCGAACUAUUUUCAUUUUUAAAUGUAUGAUCGAUAUUGAGAUACUGUCCGAAAAAAAUUAAUACGCGAGUAUAUGAAAGAAUCCAUUCAAUUAGAAUUAAAAAAAAACAAUUAUAAUUCUUUUCUUUCCCUUCAUUAGCUGCCAGAUAUCGAACGAUCUUAAAAACUAUCGUAAAUGAUUUUCUUCUAAUUAAAGGUAUUCACGUGUUCUGCAAAUUUAAAUAAAUGCUCUUCGUUUAGACGAUACCACCGCUUAAAAAGAAAAUACGAGAAUCUCUAAGUUCUCUCGCGCUUUCGUAUAUAAUUAAAGGAAGCAACAGUGUCAUCAACAGGGCAACUUAGAAUGAAUGAAGUGUUCUCGUUAGUUGUGUUCCCAAAUGCGGAUUAGCAUUAAUUGUUGUCAAUUGAUAUCGUUCGAAAGACGAUUCAUUCGACUAUCGAUUUUAAUGAUAAUCGUGUUCACUCUCUAUCUCUCUCUUUCUUUGCUUCUCUUCUUUUAAUCUUUUUUCUCAUUCUCUCUUUCUUUCUUUCUACAUUUUGUGUCUUUCUCUCUCUGUUCAUCGAUUAGAAAAAAGGUGUAAAAGAAUAUAAGUUACUUACAUAAAAUAAUUAUCGACAAUUACUGACGAUUAUCGAUGAGAACUGAUUACUGUAAUAUAAAUGAUAAAACGUUUCCUAUUUUCUUCUUUUACAUUUUUUUCAUCUUUUUUAUUGAAUUACCCGUCUUCUUUAUCGAAAAUUUCUAGAAAAAAAAAAUUGAAAAAGAAAGGGAGAGAGAGAGAGAAAGAGAGGAAGAGAGAGGGAGAGAAAGAAAUAGGAGACGUCGAAGUUUUUCACCUUUUUUCGAUUGCUCUUACAAUUCCUCUCCGUUCUAAUUAUAUAUUUCAUUCCUCUUAUCUUUCGACGAAAAUGAUAAUCAUAUCCUCGUCGCGAUAAGGUUUCUAUUACUAUGAUAUGCUGCAUAAUGAAAGAAUUUGUUUCUUCUUUCUAUAUUCUUUGCACACAUUCCAUAUAUUAACAACAUUAACACACACACACACACACGUGCACACGUAUGAAACUGAGAUAUCCACACAUACAUAGAAAUACACACAGAUAAAAAGAGUGAGAGAGAAUAAGAAAGAUUGUAAGAGAAAAGUAUAAAAAGAGAUACACAUAAUUUACAUAAAUACAUGCAUAAACAUAUGCACACACGAACUAUAGUUUCUUUCUUCGUAGUGCACACUAUUUGAUUCUGGCGUUAUCUCGCGUGCGUAUUGUAUAUUAUAUACAUAAACUUAAUAAUUAUUAUUCGCGUAUUAAUCUCCGAUAAAACACAGCUCUUUAACGUUUUAUCUUACGAGAAAUGGAUGACGUUAAUUGUGCGCGUGUUAUCUUUACGCGUAUAUUUGUAAUAAGAACAGAUUGAGCAUGGAUGCUAACAAUAUAAAAAUUGUAUCUGUGCUGCCAUUAGCGUUAAAAAUGAGAAAAAAAGAGAGAGAGAGAGUGAGUGAGUGAGUGAAUGAGUGAGAAUGUAUGUGUGAAAUUUAAACAAAGAAAGAGAGAAAGAUAGAGAAAGAAAGAGAGAAAGAGAGAGAAAAGAAAGUGCAUGAAACGGUCGAAAAGCCAAAGUAUAUAGUUAAAACAAAGUCCCUUACAUUUACAGGCACUCAUACGAUCGCGGAAACACACAUGUGUGUGUAUAUAUAUGUAUAUAUAUAUACAUACACGCAUACACACACACAUAUAUAUAUACGCAGUUGAUACUUUCAUGUCAUACUUAACACAUAACGGACACACACAUAUACACACGCGCACGCAGCAUAAUUUACGUACCCGAGAUGUAAUCGUGUAAAAGCCUUUUAAUCCCAAGCAAAAAGAGUUCGUUUCGCGGUCAAGCAUGAUUUUAGGAACCUUCAUGUCGAAUAAUUAUUAAUUAGCAUUCUCAUUCCAUAUAUCGUGUAAUCGAGAUAUCGAGCGGUCGCGAGCAGUACGUAUUUAGCGUGAUAAAACAAAAAAAAAAAAGAAAAAAAUAAAUAAAACCAGAAAUAUAAAAGGACAAAAUGGACCUACAAAGAAUAUGGUUCGUUAGCGUGUACUACUGUGUAUUCGAAUGUGAUCGAUUUAUUAAUUAAGAUUGUCAUGUUUCCUUUACAUUGUGCUUUUUAAUGUUGUCAUUAUCAUCAUCGUAAUUAUUAACAUUAUUGUCAUUUAUUAUUAUUACUAUUAUUAUUAUUAUUAUUAUUAUUAUUAUUAUUAUUAUUAUUAUUAUUACUAUUGAUUAUUGAUUAUAUUAUUGAUUAUUAUUGAUAUUAUUAUUAUUAAUAUUAUUAUUAUUAUAAUUAUUAUUAUUAUCAUUAUUAGUAUAUUAUUAUAUUAUUAUAAUUAGUUAUUAACAUCGUUAUUGUCUUCGAUCAUGACAUUUGAACAAUUUCUUGUUUCUAGUCGAAAUCUUCUAGUCUCGUUAUAAUUAUUCCAUCGACACAUACGAUCCCAAAGCGAUAAAAACACGCGUUGCAGGAACAAUACAAUCUUGCGAUAUAGAGAGAGAGAGAGAGAGAGAAAGCGAUACAUUAUGCCGUACAACAAAUACAGUAUACAGUCCGUAAAUAUGAGGUAAAUGUUGAUUUGUUUAAAUAAAUGUAAGUUUGAAAAUCCA